AUGCAACCAUACCGAUGACCAGUAUAAAAGAACCAUAUUUCCCAGUUCUCUUUCUGGCAAUGGAUCUAUACUAGCCCCUCUCCCCCGUCAACAAUCUCCUUUAUUUCCGUGGAAAAAGGGCUCAAUGAUUUCGAUCUUUAGGCCUUUUCAAUUUAAUUAGAUCAUUAAUUAGCUAGGUUCUGUAUUAUAUAAUUAAGUCUUUUGGAACUACGGGUAUAUAUUAACAGAGAUGGAAACCAAGAUUCCAGCAUCAAGAACCAACCGAGGAAUGGAAGUUGACGGCGUCGUCGCGGAGGAGGAAGCGGUAGCUCACAAGGUUAACAACGUUAGAUGGGCAGACAUUGUUUUAAGGUUAUUAGCCUUGGCGCUGACCCUCGUGGCGGCCCUUGUGCUGGGCUUGGACAAGCAGACGAAGGCGGUGACCAUGCAGAUUCUUCCCACCCUGCCGCCGGUCAAUAUUCCGUUCACCGCCAACUCGCAUCACUUGUCUGCCUUCGUGUACUUUGUGGUGGUCAACGCAGUAGCAUGUGCAUAUGCGGCUGUAUCCUUGGUCCUCACACUGGCAAACAGAAAAAAGAACAAUACCGCCGCCGCCACGUCUGUAAUGAUCAUCACCCUCGAUCUUGCCAUGGUGGCGCUGCUGUUUUCCAGCUGCGGAGCCGCGGCGGCUAUAGGAGUGAUGGGGUACAAGGGAAAUUCGCACGUGCGGUGGAACAAGGUCUGUAACGUCUUCGAGAUAUUCUGCGGCCAAGCGGCGGCGGCCAUUGGAAUUUCACUCGCCGCCUCCAUCUUCUUCCUGCUCCUCGUCUUCUGUGCUGCAUUAAAUUUUCACAAGCGGCUUGGCAGCUACCUCAGCUCAUAAUAACAAUAAUAAUAUAAUACUCCAUGCAUGCAUCUUGAGUUCUUGAAUUGUGAAUUGCUCGUCUUCUUAGUUCGUUUAAUUUGUUGUGAUCGCGAGUUGCCGCUCUCAUCAUCCUACUCCGUCUUAAUUAGGAUCGAUGAUGCGGCAUAUUGUUUGUAUUUUAAUUAAAGUAAAAUUGCACAAAUAGG